UUGUGACUGACAGACAUCAGGCGAUGAUGACAGUGAUCAAGUCGUGCAUGAAAGAAAACAAAAUUUGCAUCGCAGUUUUUGUUGAUUUCUCGAAAGCAAAAUUGCAACUAAAGAAAAUCAGUUAUAGGUUUCUGGACCAAAUUUUCCAACUUAUUGAUAGCGUCUGUGAACUGACUUUGAUGUAGUUUAUUGUAGAACUCGUUCUACUGCAUUAGUUUUAGCUCGAUAAAGUGCAAGCAGAAAGUGAAAACGGCAAUCUAAUUAUGGAUGCAUCCAAAGAGAAGAAAGUGUCUAUCAUUGUGAAGCAGGACCAACAUUUAAUUGCAAUCGUUAACAGUCUGCUAGACACUCUUGGUGAGAAGGAUGAACAGCUACGCAGCACCACCGAAACAUCGCUGAUAAGAAUUGCGAAGCGCCGACAUGACGAAAUCGUAGAAGUUUUUUGUGAGUACCGUAAGAAACAUCCAAAAUUGGGAGAUGUUCAAGCUUCGAUUAUAUUGAGAGUGAUUGAAUAUGUUGUAAUCAAUCUCAUGGACCAGAUCACCCAUGAAACAGCGUCCAAGUGCGUCGAGUACAGCGUGAAUGAGAUAACGCGAUCUCCGGACCAGCAAGCAGAUGUUCAGAACCCAUGUCGAGAGAUUUUGGUUUCAGUCGGAAGACUUUAUUGCAAGGAAGUGAUGGACGCAUUGUCUAAGCAUGUGGAUCAACAUCAGGUGGCUCAUUUCAUGAUACUGUACUCGAUGGGAUCGUUAGCCACGGCCAACGUUAUGGAAUCGAUUCCGCUGAUUAAACCCAUUUUUGGAUUUAUUCUUCCAACUCUUUCUUCCAUCAAACCGGAUUAUGUUCGACAGGCGUACGCUUUUGCAAUCGGGCGGUUUUGUGAAGCGUUUUGCGAAUACAAGGAACAUCAGCGUCUUCAUCCAAAUGAGGAAACUCCGAUGAAAACUGGUAUCACGUAUGACAUCGCCGAAGAAGUUGGUAUAGCUUAUGAUCUUUUCCAAAACCAAUGGCUCUCGUCACGCGAGCCUAAAUUAUCAUACGAAGUUCUUAACACCUUGUCGUUCAUGUAUCCUCUACUAUCGGUAGAGAAAAUCAACGAUGGAUUAUUGAAAGUGAUCCCAAAUACCCUAUCACUGUAUCGGCGCAGUGUCGAUCGAAGUGUCGUUACGCAAUAUUUAGCUGCAAUUAUCAAAACUGUCCUGGCUUUAAACCCGACGCUUCUCUCAGGCGUAUCUGAUAAUAUCAUAGCGUGCCUUUUUGACCUUGUAUGUGUCAAUCCCGACUACGAAAAACCUCAAACCAUCAAAGGACACUACGAAGUUCUAAGAUGCUUCGAUCUGAUGGCAAAUGAUUACGGUGAUAAAAUAAUCGACAUAUUGAUCAUUCACCUUCGCAGCAAUAAUGAGCGCGAACGGAUUAAAUCCUUGCUGGUACUGACACACCUCACCAACACCUCGGAAAGGAUCAUCAACGAGAAGCAGCAGGAGUUAACAACCAUCCUGAAGACAAUGCUCACGGCAGAGCGAUCGAUAAAGCUGAAAAUGGUGCUGUUGAAAACUAUCGUGGCAUUCAUGCAGAAAGGCUUUGUGCACGAGAGAGAAUUUGUGACAUUUCUGAUAAGAGGCUGCUGUAGGUUGAACAAAUUCAAUACAGAGCAUGGAAGCAAUGACGAGUAUAACGAAUUUGUAAAGGCGUGCAAUAACACGAUGUUUAUACUUUCAUCUACCAUUGGGACGAUGGACGAUAUACUUAAAAUGGAACUUCUGCAAAGCUACUUGAGAUUGGAGUAUACCGAUAUUUGCAGUACAAUAGCCAAGUGCUUGGCUAAUCUGUUAACCAAAAAUCCGGAAAUAAACCGUGUUCCUGAGCGACGUAAUCCGUUUGACGAGAAUGAACCCAGUGAAGACAUUAAACCACCAAAUCCGAUUUCUAUUUUCGUACGCUCGCUCGCUCUGUUGGGCAACUUUUCCGAAACUAGUCGGGUGCAAAAUGUGCUGUCGUUUCUUCGGAGCUACUGCACUAACCUUUAUAAGCAUUUAGCAACCUUGUGGAAUGAACAUAUUGGGAAUAUGCUUGCGGAGCUCGGAAAUGGGAUCAUCACUAUGGAUCCGAAUCGAUACGAUGUGGUUUUGUUUGACUUCAUACAGGCCACCAUUAAGGAUGUUGAUGAGUUCAAGUUUGUGGAGGGUAUAAUUGCGGAGAUUUUUCAGCAACUACCUUUGUAUCAGCCUAUAUCAGGUAAUUCCAGUCAACAGCAAAUCGAGUUCAAGGUUCCUGGCUUAGAUCAAGAAAAGCGAAUGUUGGUGAAGGUGUUGGGAAUGUGCCUUUGUCAUUCGGUUGACGAGCAUCUGAUAACGAAUAAAAUAGACUUGAUAAUAGGACUGGCCAAAUCGGAAAAGUUGGAGAAGAAUGCUCUAAAUGAAGAGUACGAAAGGCUUGUUAAGGAUUAUGCUCAAGCCUUGGCAUUUGUGUCAGUGGAACACAGUGACAAAGUGAUGAAGAAAUUACUAGCGUUGGUAAUAGACGACGGGACGGUGAAGAAAUCUGGCAGCUUCUUCUCAAAUUUGAACUUCAUUAAGGAUAAUAGCAAGGAACAGGAAACUUUUAAGGUAAAAGUGUUGGUGUUGCAAUCGCUAAGCUAUUUAGUAACGAAAGCUCCUCAAGAGAAAGUAGUUCGGCUGUUCGAUGAAAUUGUAAUAAACUACUUAACGGCACAGUUUGAUAACAAGGAGCUAUUUAUUAGAAAAUUGAUCCUUAGCACGUUCUUGAGCCUAGCAGAUAUUCUGUUACUCAAUCCGAAAGCACUAGCGGAAGAUCAUAUAAAUAAUUUCAAGAACAAGAAUGAUCUUCUUAAAAUAUGCAUGAACAUAACGUGCGAUUCGCAGAAUGAAUACCUUCCAUUGUUCCCACUUAUUCUCAAAUUGUCGACUGCCCUCAUCAAGCUCAAUAGUGAAGACGAAGAUGUCGACGUUAAUGGACUCUUGAAUACAGCAUGUUACUAUUUCUUUACCACGGCUCAACAUCUGAAAAGUAAGUUCGAUUCGAUCGAAGAAGACAACCGCAACAGCUAUCUAGCCAAGUAUCUCAAUUUAUCCUUACCUGAGCUAAAUCAGUUCAUAAAGUCGAUUCUUGAGCAACAGAACGGUUCGCCAGCCUGCUUGGAUGACAUCAACUCGAUCCUUGAAAACUGGCUAAAGGAUCGGAACAACGAAGUUCGUAUCUGUGCCGGUCACGUCUACAACAAUACGCUGGAUAUCUAUAUGCGAGCAAUGAAGAUCGGCUAUGAAGCGCCUUCGAAGUUCAACCAAACUGGGAGUCUCCUGGGUAAAAUCAUUCCACGUUGCAUUGAUUCAAACGCCACAGUCCGGCAGACAGCCAUAGAGGUACUGAAGAAGAUUCUGGAGAUUGCAUGCGUCUAUGAAACGCUGACAAUCGCGGAUAAUAGGGUAGAUUGGGUUAAGGAACUGGACUCAAUCAGGGAUGAGAUUGUGACGGACGAUCCAAAGGACAUUUAUCGGAUCGCAGGUCAGCUGGCCAACAUAAUUGCCCUGCGUUUAUCGAGCUAUCAAUACGUACAGUUUAGUAAAUGCUUGCUGUACAGCUUGAAUGACCCAGAACAAAGCUCAGCGAUUGGAGCUUCUGUAGUUUUGAAAUUUUUCAUGCAAAUCAAAGGCGCUGAGAUGUUUCACGCAAUUCCAGAACUGGUUAAAGAGUGCCUUUAUGCAGUAAAAAUUUGCGAAGUCUCGAGAGCGCGAUCCGGAGUACUGAAAUCGAUGUUGGCUCUUACGAAGCACCACCCUAAACUAGUGUGCAAUGAAAUUCUUGGUCAAAGUUUGCCGUUAGAAGAAAAUGUGAUUGACUACUGGCGCACAGUUACAUUCGACACAGAACUGACCGGUAUAAUAUUAGAUAAUUUUAUUGGAGCUAUAACCACGUCUUGUCUCUACGAACAGCAGCAUCAAGAAAAACCACGUGACGACUGCCAGAAAGCCGUUACGCUUAUGCCAUUCUCCAUAAUAUGCGUUUUCUAUGAAAUCUUCAAGUGUCAAGAAAUUAAAUCGGAGCUGAAAGCGCGGUUUACGGAAAUAUUUUGCAUGCUUCUAUCUACGCUAGCAACUUACAUUAAUCUACUUCCGCCAUGCAAUCAUGUGAUUAUUCAAGACGGCGCUAAUGUCACUAUUCCAAAAAGUGUGAAGCGUGGAAAAAGCAUUGUCAAAGAUGCCAGAAUGAAUCCAUGUCAGGUCGCGCUGGAUACGUUCAAAACUUUCCUGGAUACUUUGGAUAUGCAGCAAAUUUCUAAUGUGCUUUGUAUUUGUCCAGACUUAGCUUCAAGCACCGAUCUGAAUAGUUUUAUUGAAAUUCUUACGCCGUUGAGCGUGGCAACAGCGAGUGAGGUUGGCAUCAACUCAACAGUAAUGAAACAGAUUGUUACCACAUUGAGUAAAUACGUGUGUAGUCCUUACGACACUCAACGGAUUGCAUCGACUGGAUUCUAUUCACACCUUGUUCCGCUAAAACCAUGCGGUGAAAUAUCAUCAGUGAUAAUGCUUCAUCUGAAUUCAUCCCUCAACGACCCUAAUCCUUUAGUACGGGGUCUCAGCAUUCGAGGUAUGGCAUAUCUCUGCAGUCUCACGGAGCACGACAUUGACAAGUACGCGGAAAUGUGCCUCACGGCGUUGCUCAAGGGAAUCGACGACUACAACCAAAACUGUUUCAUCAACAUCCCGCUGGAAAGUAUGCGCGGACUUUCCAAAAUUGUGCAAACUCUCCCACAGGAAAAGUUCCAGAUGUUCCAAGUAUCGCUUGCAAUUCGUAUUAAACCGUUUUUCGAGAAUGAUUCAACGGAGUUGCGGGAAUCGGCUAUACUGUUAUUCGGAGAUCUGUGUCAUCAGAAAGCGACCCUAGCACAGCAGCAGCAGCAGGUUAAUGGAUCAAUCGAUUCGGAAGAACCGCUGGUAUCGGAGUCCUUGAAGGAACAGCUGAAAGCGAAUUUAUGCUCACUGUUGCUGCACUUGAGCGAGGAGAACAGUCUUAUCGCCAGGGCCUGUAAAAUAACUCUGAAGAAUGUCUGUGCAUUACUGGACACUACCAAGACAAAUCAAUUGGCUCAAAAUCACCUUCUGGAGCAUGGCCAGUUGCAGUACGGUAUUUUUAUUAGGGAUUUCGUGAAGCAUAUUGGUGAGGAGCUGCCUGAAUCAGUGCCCGAUUUCAUCGAUGCUUGCCUUCCAUUUCUGCGAAGUCAAUGGUCAGAGAUACGAGGCAAUGCUACAAUCCUGAUAGGUUUACUGCAUACGCAACAUAAAUCAGCACAUCCGAUGGACACUGUGGGGCAUAAAAUAUCCCUCUUACUGAAAGACGAAGAUGCAGGAGUCAAAAUAAAAGCCGCUGAAGGUUUGGGCUAUAUUUAUGGUGAAUGUUAGGAAUGCUUCAUUGUUGGAGAGAUGUCGCUUGAGCAGCCAGGUUUAAAUUUUUAAUUUGCUAUACAUUUUAUGGGCAGACGGCGAACGUGACCUAACGUGAAUAUGCUUCACCGCUUGAAAGGUAAACGAUGAGAGGAUGCAUCUCACAGUGUUAUUUUUGUUUGUCUGUACUCUGGCUUAAUCAAAUCUAUUCGCUUCAGAAGUGAAUUCAGCUUUAUUGGAUAGAACGUGAUAAUUAUUCAAGGCAUGUACUGGUCAAUAUUUUACAUGAAAAAUGCAACCCUUUAUUAAACAAAAA